GCUGCGGAGACCUGAGUUGCCCCCGGGAAUAGGGGGUCUGUUCUGAGCGGAGCCGGCUGCCAGACCGUGCCUCGGGAGAUUCUCUUGGCAGUUCUGCUUUGUGAGCCCUCUGUCUUCUCUCGGGGAAGCGGAAUGGCUCCGGUGUUCGUGACCGCUCCGGGCUACAGAAAGAUCCAAAGAGAAUCAGUGACAUUCAAGGAUGUGACUGUGCAUUUUACCCAGGAAGAGUGGGGAAACCUGGACCCUUCUCAGAAAGAGUUGUACAAGGAUGUGAUGUUGGAGAAUUAUAAGAACCUUGUCUUCCUAGGACUUACAGUUUGGAAACCAGAUGUGAUCUCCCAUUUGGAAGAAGGAGAAACACCUUGGAUACAGGACCCAGAAGUACUUUGGAGUAAUUGUCCAGAUUGGGAGACUGAGUCUGGAACUAAGCCAUUAACAGAGAAAAGACUCAGAAGGGAUGGUUCCUAUGUCUUUAAAUUAGGAGAAACUUUGAAAUAUUAUGUCAAUUUGGAAAAGCAGGAGCAGAACCAUGAGGAGAAACAUUUUAGGCAAGUAAAAAAAAUCAGAGGAAAAAUUUAAGACUUUUUAGAUUUUUAAAUUCAAUUUUCUUUUCUUAGCUAAUGUCCAUAUAAGAAACUCCAUAAAUAUAAUAUAUUAAAGUAUAAUUUCAGACAUUA